CAUUGAUCGGGGCGUGGAGUAACUGUAUGAAUGUUGGGAAGAAAUCACUGAAAGUGUGGUGAAAAGAGAGGGAAAUUGUUUUUAUAAGCAGAAUUAGAUUUGUAGGCGUGGAUACGAUUCUUUUCUGUCGGUAAAAUGGGAAACUGCCACACCGUUGGACCAAACGAGGCCCUUGUAGUUUCAGGUGGCUGCUGUGGCUCAGAUCAGAAGACAUACGUCGUUGGAGGCUGGGCAUGGGCAUGGUGGCUAAUCUCUGACAUCCAGAGAAUGUCUCUGGAGGUUAUGACCAUCCUCUGUCGCUGUGAGAAUAUCGAAACCUCGGAGGGUGUUCCCCUGGAUGUGACAGGGGUGGCUCAGGUGAAGGUGAUGACAGAGAACGAACUGCUGGGUUACGCCUGCGAACAGUUUCUGGGGAAGUCGGUCGUGGAGAUCAAAAGUGUCAUACUGCAGACCCUCGAGGGUCACCUGCGUGCCAUCCUUGGCACCUUAACUGUUGAGCAGAUUUACCAAGACAGAGACAAAUUUGCGACCCUGGUGCGAGAGGUGGCAGCACCUGAUGUUGGUCGCAUGGGCAUCGAGAUCCUCAGCUUCACCAUCAAGGAUGUAUACGAUAAAGUGGAGUACCUCAGCUCACUGGGUAAAACUCAGACAGCUGCAGUACAGAGGGAUGCAGACAUUGGAGUGGCAGAGGCAGAGAGAGAUGCUGGCAUCAGGGAAGCUGAGUGUAAGAAAGAAAUGAUGGAUGUUAAGUUCUUAGCUGACACAAAAAUGGCCGACUCAAAACGAGAGCUGGAAAUGCAGAAAGCUUCCUUCAACCAGGAAGUGAACACAAAGAAAGCAGAGGCUCAGCUGGCGUAUGAGCUGCAAGCAGCCAAAGAGCAGCAGAAGAUCCGUCUGGAGGAGAUAGAAAUUGAGGUGGUGCAGCGGAAGAAGCAGAUCACAAUUGAGGAGAAGGAGAUCGACCGUACUGACAAGGAGCUCAUCGCCACUGUGAAGAGACCCGCUGAGGCUGAAGCCUACAAGAUGCAGCAGUUGGCUGAGGGACAGAAGAUAAGGAAGGUCCUGACGGCGCAGGCAGAGGCUGAGAAGAUCCGCUGUAUCGGUGAGGCAGAGGCCGCCUCCAUUGAAGCAGUGGGAAAGGCAGAGGCUGAGAAAAUGAGGCUUAAAGCUGAAGCCUACCUGCAGUAUGGAGAGGCUGCUAAGACAGCUCUGGUCCUGGAGGCUCUGCCCAAGAUUGCCAGUAAGGUGUCUGCACCCCUGUCUAAGACCAACGAGAUUGUCAUCCUGAGUGGAGAAGGCAGCCGCGUGACUGGAGAGGUGAACCGUUUAUUAGCUGAACUCCCUGUCACUGUCAAUGCCCUCACUGGGGUGGAUCUGACUAAGAUCCCUCUGCUCCAGAAGAUGACCAGCCCACAGUGCCAAGCAGCCAUCUGAUGAAUCAGGCCAAAGACUCGUUACUCUGAAUCCUCCAAAUCCUCCGACAUAUAUCUGCCUCAAGCAUGAAAACAGUUUUCAGCCUCUGACCCUUUUAUGCAACUGCCUUUGACCAGGAGCACUUGAGAUCUGUAUUUACUUUGUAUUUUUAAGAGGUUUUUAAUUUUCUAAAGGAAAAAAAGCUGGGGCCUUACUUCUAAAGGACCAGACUAUAUGUUUCUUCUGUUGUUUUUAGUUCAUGUUGUAGACACAUUGAUUUUUAUCACUGCACUAGUUAGCCAGGAUUAAAUGCCGCAGUCCUGUUCAGUCCUACAGGUCAUCCAAAGCUGAGUUGGGCAAUUUUGAGAGAUAAGUUCAUCUAGUGCUCAGAGCCCAGCUGGUGAAAUAGCUUGCAGCAGACUGAGCACAGUGUGAAAUGGGUUGCUUUUAUUUCCUCUGUACUUUUAAAAUGAUUUCUUAUAGAAUAUUUAGAUUUAUCUCUAACUCAGAGAGGACUUGAUUGAUUACCAAACCGCUGUUACACUUAAGGCUCACCAGAUCUUCACCCACUGUGAUUGUAAGAUUUACAGUUGUGUACAAUAUCUGGUUUUUGAAUCAUUUGUAUUCCUGUAUUGAUAAUCCUUAGCUUGCGGUAAGUUGUCAUGUUGCCUGUCUUGUUCUUGUUCUUUCUGAUGUGCAGUGCCUGUUCACCACUCAAGUGCCCAAACCUUAGGACAGUGGUUUGGCUUUAGCUGGAUUUAUGUCAGAGUGUAUCACUGUUAUAGAUGGAUGAUGUUUAAAUAAUGCUCCCUAUUCACAUAACAUCUGCUUAUACUAACAAUAGUGUUUACUCUUCACUUUUGUCACAUUUGGACACAAAGACAGAUAUAACUCUAAGCAAACACAUAACACAAAGCCAUUCUUAGAUAAGAGUAGCCUUAAUACAGACCCUGGAUGCCUGCCAGGCUUACUGAACAUUUCCAUAUUACCUCAAGUAGCACCUGGUAGAUGUUCAGGGUCUGAGCUUUAAUUCUGCGAUGAAGUGUUAGUUCUCCUAUACUCAGAUGUGGUAGUGUGUUCCUCAGAUGUUGUUAAAAAUGUUCACUUUUGCAGAUUGUGUAGAUAUUUUACAACUUUAAAGAGUAACCCUAUACUAAAUUUUUUUAUGGCAAAAAAAGUGACCUCUGACCUCUGUGGGUUUAAACUUGCCACUGUUUUGCACCUCUGACCACAUCCAAUCUGUGAUUCCAUUCAGCCAGAAGUUGGAAAAAUAAGCAUAUGAUCAGGCUUCAAACACUGUACACGGUGUUUGAGCUCGGGUGGUCUUCAGUUUGCAAAGUGUAAUGUGAACAUUAUGUAUGGGUGAGGCAGUUGGCCCAAUGACUACACCUACAGCAACAGGUCAGUCUAAUUACUACAUAGAAAUUGUUACAAUCCUUAAAACGCUGAAAUCCAGAUGAGAGCCAGUGAUCAGUGCAGUGGUCCAGUAUGAAAUCAUCACUGUGGGAUCAGUGUGUAACACGUAAGAUUCGGUCUCUAGAUGGCAGGGUCUCCGGGAUUUUAACCCAUAUUAAGUUCAUCAUUAAACUGAAUGAGCCUUUUUUUUUUUUUGCUGCCAGUUCCAAACCUCGCUUCAUGUUUUCAUAUCAAACUCUGCUGUUUUGCUGCAUUAUCCAACCUGCAUACUAUAGUUAGUUUGGCGGCUUUUUUUUUUUUUUUUUUUUUUUUUUUUUUGUGUGUGUGUGUGUUUUGUGUCUGGUAAAUCACAGCAUGAAUGUUCAUUAACCACUUUUCAGAGUCUGUGAGCUUAAAUAUUUUUGUUUUACUAUGUGACCAUUAUAAAGUUAUCAUUAUCACGCCAUUUUUCUUAUUUUCUGUAAAAUAAAUAUAAUGCUUGUUGCUUGUUUGCUCUGA